GACAAUCCGGGGCGACAAUCCGAACUAUACAUGGACUCGCCGGAAACUCCCGCGCCGCCAGAUAGUGCGACUAAGAAGCGCAGACGGCCGAUCAACGCCUGUGCAACUUGCCGUGCGCGAAAGGUCAAGUGCGAUGAGCGCCCAAAUGGCUGUCUCAACUGCGAGAGGUUGCAGCUGGACUGUGUACAGAAUGGCGGUGUCUCGGCCGCAGCAAGGAGAUCGAACACAGCUUACGAGCCAGUAGUCGGAAUCAAGCGGAAGCGGACGUUUAGGUCUUGCGUGCCUUGUAGAGACUCCAAGGUCAAAUGCUCUGGCGAACGCCCGACGUGCACGAGAUGCCAGCAACGCCGGACAACGUGUGUGUAUGAUGCAGAGCACAACGAGCCGGCCUGGGUGCAGAGCAUCGGCACUCCUGCCUCAGUGCCGCGAAUGAGCUCAAUGAUGGUAUCUCCUCAUGUCCCCCAGCCCUCUCCCACCAGCCUCAACAUGUUCGGGUCGCUGUCGAGCGACGAUCCUAGCGUAGCGGGGUGCCCGCCAGGGUUAUUAUGGUUGUUCGCUAAGCAGCUGCCACCCAGAAACAAACUUCAUGCCUUGCUAGAUGCGUAUUUUAACAAUGUCCAUCCUAUCCGGGUCUUUGCCUUCGAACACAAGCCCUCGUUUAUUCGAAUGUUGGACGAAGGUCAACUGGUGGAUACCUCGGACCAGGCACUCUUGCACAUCAUGUGUGCACUGGGCGCCCGAUUCUACGCCCUCGACUAUAAUGAGUCGUACGCGCCCUUAACCAAAGACUUGGUACAGUCGGCUGGAACCCAAUGGGCCAAGGCUGCCGAAGAGAUGUUCUUUGCCGACUACAGCACCAUAUCGAUUACUAAACUCAAGGUUUUAGUCCUUCUUCACGACCAAGAAGCAAGAAAUGGCAACUAUGCUGGAUCGUUUCUUCUUACUGGUCUGGUUAUACGUAUGGCGCAUGCUUUGCAAUUGAACAAUGAAGUGGCGCCAGACAUACUUUGCAAAGAGCUUGGAGGAAGUCCCAACGAGGUAUCUGUCAGAGAGUCACGGCGAAGGCUGAUGUGGGCGUGCUACAUGAUCGAUGUCUGGGCUGGUAGCGGCGUCGAUCACCUCACUAUACUCAAUGAAAAGGAUCUCAAGAUCCAGCUUCCUUGCAACGAGCGACAGUUUUCACUACAGAUACCGUGUGUUACUGAGCGGCUCGAAAAAGGUACACUGCUGGAUCUUGUGCCCCAGGAGGACAUCCCAGAGAAGCCAGCGGAUAAUCUUGGCAUGGCAGCGUACUACGUACGCAUUGUUAGCAUAUGGCGAAGAGUCCUGCGCUUUGUCAAGCACAUGGACGAAGAGCAGCCCCCAUGGCUCCCGGGCUCAGGAUUUGCAAACUUGAUUGGUGACAUACAAUCGUGGAAGCAGAGCCUGCCAUCCUGGCUAGACUUUUCGGCGGAUAACAUCUACAUUCGACGCGAAUCGAACCAGCUAGGUGCUCUUCUUCUCAUCCAUUGCAUGUAUCACCAUGUCAUGUGCGACGUGCAUCGAAUUGCCCUCCCUGACCUUUUCAAAAAUCAGGAGCCGUUUGUUUUUCCUUCGGACCGCCAGUCCUUUGUGAGCCACUUGCAAGACGUCUGCUUCGAGCAUGCCCAGCGCAUGUCGGUUUUGGUCUCACACAUCCUCCAGCAUGGUGUCAAGCACUUUGCAGACUCAAUUUUGCCUUCCUUUGUCUACAACAGUAACCGGAUCAUGCUCUAUUACAUUGCUAGGAUCUUGGACGUAUCCAAAGCUGAUACUGGAACCGUCAUUGCACGUACCGUCGAGCUAGUACAGUACAACAACCGCGCGCUACGCGAGAUGGCCCUCAUCUACCCGCUCGCCGAGUCCUUGUGCAUCACGUCGGAGCGCUGGCUAGAGACGGUGCGAGAUAGUCUUGCCCGUGGCCAUUCUGCCGACUACAUUGCACCCCAAGACCCGUCUGAGAACGAAGCGCGCCGCAUUGUCGGAGCCCCUCCCCCAAUGGAAGGCACUCCCCGGCAGCGCAACACGACUGUCUCCCUGGUGCCGCCCGUAGAAGAGAUACUGUCCGCCACGUCGCCCUCGACUCUCCGCACAGCAACAACCCGGUAUCCCUUCCCAGCGCCGGCCUCUGACGAACUAGCAUCUCCCGUGAAGUCAGGGCAUUGCAUGAAUACCCACACAGACCACCAAAUCGAAACCAUGUAUUCUUCCCCAAAUGCGCCCACUGCCUUUGAGCAGCCCAUGUUCAAUCUCGACGAUUUGCAGAAUUUCUUCGGCUGGGAGGCGAGUGAUGACGAGAAUGCCCAGACAACUGGUUUCGAGGGCUUUGGUCCUUUGGGUUGGGCAAAUAACUUUUCAAUCAUGUGA